GGCGUCGCUUUGGUUUGACGUAAGCCAUUGGACGCGGAAGAAGACGUCAUCCUUAACAUAAGCCGCAGCUCAUUUGUUACUAACGGCUUGCGUAUUGCUAGUGAAUUAACAUCUGUGGAAAAACCGGACAUCUUGAAGCACAAAAUGUCAUGGAUCCGUGAGGGAGAGCUGAGCUUCAUUGAGAAGCUCACUGCUAAUAUACUGAAGGCUGGUCCAAUGCCUAAGCAUGUGGCUUUCAUCAUGGAUGGUAACCGGCGUUACGCCCGCAAGUGCCAUGUGGAGCGCCAGGAGGGGCAUACUCAGGGAUUCGACAAGCUGGCUGAGACCCUGCGCUGGUGUUUAAACCUGGACAUUCGGGAGGUGACGGUGUAUGCCUUCAGUAUUGAGAACUUCAAGCGUUCCAAAGAGGAGGUGGAAGGUCUGAUGGAGCUGGCCAGGCAGAAGUUUAAGAAGCUUUUGGAGGAACAGGGGAAUCUGGAGAAGCAUGGCGUGUGCAUCCGAGUGUUAGGAGACCUGACCCUGCUGCCGCUGGACCUCCAGCAGCUCAUCGCCCAGGCCGUGGUGGGCACCCGGACACACAACAAGUGCUUCCUGAACGUCUGUUUCGCUUAUACCUCCAGACAUGAGAUCACAAAUGCUGUGAAGGAGAUGGCCUGGGGUGUGGAGCAGGGCUUGAUAAAAUCCAGUGACGUCUCAGAGUCUCUGCUAAGCAAGUGCCUGUAUAGCAGUGGCUCCCCUGACCCUGACCUGCUCAUCCGUACCUCAGGGGAGCUACGCCUCAGCGACUUCCUGCUUUGGCAGACUUCCUACUCUUGCCUGGUGUUCCAGUCUGUCUUAUGGCCUGAAUAUUCCUUCUGGAACCUCUGUGAGGCAAUCUUGCAGUACCAGCUCAAUUACUGGCCCCUUCAGAAAGCACGGGACCAGCACCACGAGGAGCAAGCCCGGCAGCAGCUGGAGGCAGACUGCAGCUGUGUAGCAGAACUUCUGCAGCAACAUGGGAGUGCAAGGCCAGCUGAGGCCUGCAACAGACAGGACCUUCUGCUGAGCUACGCAGUGGACCGGGACCAGAGGAUACAAGGCUUCCUCAGUGCACUUCAGCAUAAGAAGGACAGUUUCUUCACAGACUUAACCAGCCAGGCUGUUCUUGCAUAGUCCAGAAGAUAUGAAGGAUAAGUCCAUUCUCAAGUACUUGCAGGUUGUGGGAAAUUGGCAGUUAUUUUGUAUUUUGUCAGAAAGUACUUACCAGAUGACUCAACUGUGGUUUUACCCCUAUGGGGAAUUGUAUUAUCAAAGUCAGAUUUACAGGAACCCUGUCAAUAUCCCUAUAACAUUUAUACAAACACAGCUACAUUUGAGACUGGUUCCCAAGUGCUGGAAACUCUAACGAUGUUCUCUGGUAAAUACUGUCCUUCAUUGAAAUUCUGUAUCAUACACUGCAGACUGUGCAUUGUCAUACUGGUCACAAUUCAAGACACUUCUGUGGGACGAGGUAACCAUUUUGGACUUUUAAUAUUGGUUAGCUCUCACCUGUAGAUAUGAUCAAUGACAUUCGAGCAGAAUUAAAAGCUUGGAACUGUGUUUGAGUUGGGGAUGAAGCUGUUACAUUGUGCAGCUGUCACACUAGAUCCUAAUUGGACUACUUGUGCAUUUUGUGGUAUGACAGAACGUUUAAUGUGAUUAAUUGCUUGUUUUUGUCUGCCAUAAGUGUUGGUGUAAUUGUAAAAUAUCUUUAUUUUGGGUAUUUUUCAUCGAGCCCAGGGACAUAAUUCAGUUUUCUUGUAAUAAACUGAAAACAAGUAAAAUAAAGCUAGUGUAUGCAAUUAAUAUUUCACGCAUACACAUCUACAAUCUAUAAUUUCACCCUCGUUUUUCUGAACAAUGAUACAAAUGAUUUGUCCUUAAAUAUUACCGCCAAUGAAAUUAUAAAAUUAUGCAAGAAAACGACUCUUGGAGUUCGGCCGUGAAAAUUCAAACUUGACGAGCUAGAUUAAAUAUAUUAAAAAUUAGAUUUAAAAUACGUUUCACAUUCAAAACCAAGUUAGUUUAGUAUUUCCUUCAAUUGCACGAAUUCGGCGGUCCUGCAAAAUCUUCUGAAGUCCGCGAAAGGCGCGGUGUCUCUGUCUCUUUAAGAAAUGAGCGACUCCCCUGAGCACGUAAUGCCGUUUGUGUCCAAUGGCUGUGCGCAGAAUGUGAAAUCUGGUUUGAACCGGUUUCCAUCUUAUAUUUCUAUAUAAAAACUUUAUAAAACAUACAGCCGUUAUUAUUUUACAUUUAGCCACCAUCGGCUGGCGCAGUGAUAUCUGUGGCGGUGAAAGAGCCUACUCCCCUUCGUUGAAUUUUCGUCCUACUUCAGACGGUCAACAUGCCUAAGAGAAAGCUUGAUGGAGAGAAGACAUCCAAGACCAAGGAAGAGCCCAGACGCUCUGCGAGGUUGUUAGCUAAACCUACAGCCCCUAAACCGGCACCCAAGCCGAAAAAGGCUGCACCCAAGAAGGCGCCCAAAGGAAAGAAGGGCAAAGACAACCCCGCUGAAAAUGGAGAUGCCAAGAUAGACCAGGCACAGAAGGUGGAGGCUGCUGGGGACACCAAAUGAACAGUGUUUUUUGAAUUUUUGAGCAUUCUAUGUACUUGGUGACUGUACAGUUUGAAAUAACUAUUUUUUACCAAGUUUUAUAUAAAAAUGCCCUUUUUAGUUCUAUCGUUAGUUACAUUUGAUGUAUUGAAACGUGUGUAAAGGGGUCUAUCGUGUUCUAAUCUUUUUUUAAUGCCAUUGUCAUAUAAACUCCGUCCUUAUUCUCUCAGAAUGUCGUGCCCUUUCUAAAUCAGUUAAACUGCUGAAUGUUACGAUUUUUAACCUACAUUUUGGUUUUUAAAAUGCAGUUUUAAAUACCAAACAUCAUAAGGCAGCUAAAAUAUUUGUAAAAGAAAUGGGAUUGAAGUUCCCUUUGUUAUAAUGUUUUGAAUCCAAACAGCAGCAUUAUGAAGGUAAAUCAGUUAGGAACAGCAGAAUUAACAUUUUUAAAAGUAAAAUCCUUCCCAAUUGACAUUUAUGAUGCAAACUUUGAAUUAGUUUAAAACUUAUAUGUUUUUUGUGUUUUCAUGAAAUAUUUUUGGAAAUAUUGGAGGAAAGUCAUUUUCAUGAAUAAAAAAAAAGAACAUGA